GACGUAAGGUUCUUUACUGUACUGAGGGAAGUUCUGUCACGUGAUCUCUCCGCCCUGUCUUUUCAUCAAAGAAACCCGGAGGUCCAUCAUGAACGGGAUUUCUGCUGAUUCCAAACAGGGGUUUGAUACCGAUGUUUUGGGCUUUACGGGGACGGGGGAAUCACCUACUCUUGCUGGAAAGUCUGGAGGCAAAAACCGUGGAAGAAGAGGGAAGAAAAGUAAAGAACAACCAAGAAUAUCAACUAUUUCCACCAUCUCGACUGGAUCUAUCGUCAAAAUUCAAGAUGGCGCGUCGUGUAUUGGAAGUAGUUCAAUAUCCAAUUUGGUUCCUGUGCAACUGGGAAAUGUCCCCGAUCCACCCGUUCUGUCAAUCCCCGACACAGCCGCUGAUAACGAGACAAUAUCAAGACUUUUGGGCGGCCAGGGAGCUGCGCUUUUGGAAUUGGGAAGCUCGGAUUGCGUGAAUAUUGACUUUAUCCAAGAUAAUGUGGAUUACACGGAAGAAACCGGCGUUGAAGCCAUGCAAUCGCAGAGUUCGACUUCCCCUACGACCGCGGAGGUGUGCGGUACCCGCGAUGAAACGCAGCCGGAACCCUCGGCAUCGUCAGCGUCCGUUCCGAUAGCGAUAGACAUCGCCAGUGGGCAUGGAUGGAGCCUUGCUGCCACCGCCGGCGCCGACACCCCCGGCUCCGGUAGAUCUCCGAACAUGACCGAGUCCACGGUCGCGAAGCAAUCCAAGGGCAGGGCGAAGAAGAAAAAGUCGACUCAGUCAAAACUACCAACCUCUGCUCUCGAUUUAAGCAUGAAGCAUCAGAAACUCUCAAAUAUUUCACUGCUCGGCAACUUGGGUCAAGAACUUAGAAUGGCAAAUUCAAAGAAAAAAGCCGUCCAACUCCCUCAAGAUCCUCGACCAGCCGAGACAUCCGGCUCAAUUUCCAGUUCUCUAAAACAAGGGAAGUCAUCAAGUUCAGUUGAAUAUCCACCGAUCAUUCCGCCCGAUGCUGAAUUCACUGACCCAACCGGAGACAGUCUGCUGUUGAACAUUGCGCAAGUUAACAAAGCUGUGUCAGGAUCUGGAGAAGGAGACAUGGGAGAGGGAGACAGUGAUGAGCAAAGCCAAGAUGCAGGAGAUGGCGCAAUUGCCCCUCAGCCUCCCAACCCCCUCAUGUACAUCAUAACUAGUCGCGACAAGACAACGGGGAUGACCCAGCGAUUCCGUGUGACGGUUGAUCCCGAAUCAGUUAUGUACAUUCCCGUUAUGGACAUAAGCGACGAAGCAACAACCGGCGAACAAACCACAAGUGACGAUGUCCCACUCGACUUCAUGUCAGUUGAUCGAGCCAAAUCGGAUUCAGCAGAAGGAGCUGUAGUGGAUACGGUCCCUGCGGACGUGGACAAUGCGAUUCGAGAUGCGCUCCUUUGUAAUCACAAUGUGACGUCCAUUCCGACGGUGAUUGCCAAGGAGGAUUUGGGUGCGAUCACGGGAGACAUGAUCACUUCAGCUCUGAUGCUACAGGGAAAACCUGAUGUGAAUGCAGAUGCUGAAUCUCCAAAAGAUGAUGAUGACAAGAUGGAGCUGGAGAGUGAAGAUGCUGUAAAUGAGCAAACUGCUGAAAAAACUUGGACCAAGAAAACACCACAGAGGAAGAAAGAAGCACAGGAGACGAUAAAGUGUGAUCACCCUGGAUGUGGAAAGACUAUUGUCGGCAAGUCUAAGUAUAGGAUUCAUAAACUGGGUCAUAACGAUGACAGACCCCAUAAGUGUCCACAUGAGAACUGUGGCUGGACUUUCCCUUCACCAUACAAGUUGAGGAGGCACCUUUCUGGUCAUAGCGGUGCUAAACCGUUUGUGUGUGGCAUGGAAAAUUGCGGGAGGCAAUUCUCAACCAUCUACAACCUGAAGAUGCACCUGAAUUCUCACUUCCGUCAGACCGUGGAGGUCUGUGAUUACGAGGGCUGCGGGAAGGUCUUCAACUCGGCACCACUACUCAAGAUCCACAAACGAAAACACUUUGAAGAACAAAGACUCAAGUGUGAGUAUCCCGGCUGCACAAAGACUUUCACCACCUCCAGUGCAUUGGGUUCACACCAGAGGGUUCACGUCAAAGACGCUACUGACUACCCCUGCCCGUUUGAAGGGUGUACCAAGGUCUAUGACAAGGCGUGCAGACUCAAGCUUCACAUGCGUUCACACACGGGGGAAAGACCAUUCAAGUGCACGUUUGAGGGAUGUGACUGGGCAUUCACAUGCAUUCAGAAGCUGACCCGUCAUAUAGUGCGCCACACUGGGGAGAGGAAAUACCGGUGUAAGUUUGAAGGAUGUCAGAAACUCUUCACCAGGCUUGAACAUCUCAAAUCACAUGAGGUCUUCCACAGCGGACAGAAACCAUUCGCUUGCAAGGAAGAAGGUUGUAAUGCGAGGUUUGCCGCCCGUAGCUCACUAUACAUGCAUCAAAAGAGACACCAGCAAGCCAAACCAAUGAGGGAGAAGCUUCUCUUCAGCUGCCCCCUGGAUGGUUGUGACAUGAGCUUUGCGAGCAAGCUUGGACUAAAGAAUCACAUAGUCAAGGGACACGGUGUCCCUCUACCGUUUACAGGAGGUGCAGGUGAUUUUGAGCUGAUAGGAUUAGGCAACGAUCAACUCCAUGCUUCUACAACACCAACCAACUCUACAGCGGCUGCAGCUACCACAGAGAGCACGGAGACGGCCAUAGCCUCUAUGUCGCUUCCUACCAUCCCAACAUCGCUCAUGAACACAUCUCUUCUACAGUCAGCGAUGAUCCCUCCUUCAUCAGCCAGUAUACCGUUGAGUUCACUGACAAGUAGCCGAGACGAAGCAGCUUCCAUCCUAGCUUCAGGUCUCCUCAACAACCAAGUUUUCUUGCCCAAGAACACCGCCCUCAACCUCUCCACACCCUCUUCCGCCAACGCUAACAAAGACACUGAAAUAGAUAGCAUCCCAGCCUCCUCCGCUCCAUUCCUUCUUUCAUCCUUCCCUGUGCUUACCGCCCAGUCAGGGGUGCACUUAUUACCCUCUUCGAUGACCACGCCCGUCCACUCACUCAUCCCGACGACUCUAUCCUCCCAACCGUCUCCUAUCAUUCUUACAUCAUCGUCACUGACGUCGGCAACAUCUCAGGCAAAGUCGGUUGCGGUGUCUGCUCCGCCUACCACCACCACAACCACCACCACGACGCCCAAGGUUUAUCUUGAGAACCGGAGCGGGUCUGCUAGGACAGACUAUCGAGCAGUCACUGCCAAACACCCCUUACCGGCGGAUGCAUUUGAACGAUUGAAGAAAACAGCUGAAGAUCUUGAAGCAGAGUUGCUAUCCCAGAGUGAUUCCAGUCAAUCUAGCGACGGUUCUGUACAAGCUACUUUCAUCCCUCUCAACAUGAUGACCAGUGCAUCCCUAACUCUCCGGGACCCUACGACUGGUACAAGAUACAUACAAACACAACUCCUUCAGGAUGACCCCCCGGACAUGCCUGACAUGGGUUUCCCGCUCUCGUCACAUGACUCGGCCGACCAAUCGUCUCUCGACGCUGCCCUCUCGGUGUCGGACAUGCUCGUAGAGGGCGCUAGUGAUCCCACCUCCGACACGGACUUCAUAACGAGCGACGGCGUUAUACCAGGGGUAAUGGUCUCUGGUUUUAGGGAGAGCACUAUUAAUUUACAAGAUUUAGAAUGAAGCGGUAUUUAGUCACUGUCAGUUGGGCAUCAAGCGGAAAUUUGACAACAAUUGGAUGUGAAUCGCACAUGGUCAAACCAUUUUAGAUCAAGAUUUACGACUAGCAUACGUUAUGGGAUGCCACUGGAAAAUGCCUAAUGGUAAAGCUAUCAUCUCACUUUUCCUGCUCGCCUGACAUUUGCCCAAGGCAAAUGAGGCUUGGUCAAAGAUUUCUCGCUGGGACAACAAGCUUGCGUUCCCCAAAAGAUGUCUCUGUUACAGUGAAUCCAAUACUUGUCGCAAAGUCUGGUGUCGGCAAAUAAUAUAUUCUUCAUAAAAGCUGACUCCCUGCUGUUUUUAUAUAACAAAUCAUGUCGAAUCUCUGACUAAUAUUUUGCAAUUGUAUUGGUAUUAUUCCAAUGCAACGUAGGUCUAAUUUAACUAGCCCCACCCCCAAAAUCCAAAAUCAAGAACAAGUCGCCUGGUAAGAUUCUCUGUAAGUAGCCUGAAUAGUAUUCUGUUGUUCGAAAAGUCAAAAUUUGAAAAUAGCUUGCCUGAAAAGAGUAAUUCGUCUUAUUCAUGCAGUAAAAAUUAGAAGUUGUGAAGUUAAAUAAAAACGAGAUACAGGAUUUUCUUUGCCACCAUUAUUUGUGAACUUAUGGGAAGUUUCACCGAGAAUUGCACAGUGUGCACAUCUCAUGCUUGAUUGGACCCCGAACUUCAAACCUUGAUUGCUCCUUAUUUGAAGCUCUCAAUUAAUUUCCUCUUCAUUCAAUCUAGUACUUGAGUGGGUUAUUGAUGAUCUAUUUGGAGAAAUGUUUGCAUCAUUUCAAAGCUUAGUAUAUUCCGUUCCAAGCUCAAUGAAAAUCUUCAAAUUUCAGCUCGGGCAACUUUUUGGUUUUGUGGCGGUAGGUCAAAAAUGUAUAUCUUUAUUUUGUUGGUCGAACGGUGUGGAGGAAACUUCAUCUAUGACUGCUAAGCACCGGUUUGGCAUCGGAAGAAAAUUUGUUCGAUUUGGUUAUCAAGACAAAAAUCGUAAAUAUCGUGAUAUAUGAAUAACCACUUGGUCUGUAAGACCGAAAGAUGUGCAAUUAUUAGAACAGUAGAUGGGAAGGUGAGCUUCAUUUUGAAUCCCUGGAAAUAAGUGCCCAGAUUAGGACUUGAACCCACACCCGUCUGAUUAAGAGACUGGAGUUAGAACCACUCCACCGUGAUGACUGCAAAUGACAAAAUAAGAUGAAAGAUGACGAAAAAUGCAAUGAACUUUGAUGGAGUUUGUCUGCAAUUUUUGACAGAAAUCUAUAGAGUAAUUUGUAAUGCAUGUCUGAAUAAGCCUGUAAUGGGAGGUUUAUAUUGUGUUUACUUGUUUCAUUUCUUUUCAUCUUGUAUCUUCUUAUUCUUUUGUCCCUUUUCUUUCUAUUCUUCAUUCUCUCAUUUCUAACUCUUUGUCUUUUCUCUUGAUUUUUGCCUGUAAUAGGAAGUUUAUACUACCAAUUUUUUCUAUCUUUUCAUCUUUCAUCCUUUUUCUUGUUUCUUUGUUAUUUUCCUUCUAUUCUCCUUCGUUCUCACCUUCCUAACUUCUUUCUCUCGUUCUUUCUUUCUCCCUUUAUUACUGUUCUUUAUUCCCAUCCUCCUUCUGUAAUCCCUUCAUUCUCCUUUCCAGUGUUGUAGCUAGACCGUUUUUAGUGCAGGGCAAAUUGUAAACGGCAAAGGGGGUGAAGCACUAACCCUCCACAGCCGGGGGUCCAGGGUUUCAGUACUAUUAGUGACUUAAAAUCAUCAAAAUUAGCUGUCAAUCUUGUAAUGAACUGAAGAACAUAAUGCUUGACAAUCCUGUAUGAUUAAAUGACCCGAUUGAGCUCAUUUUUGCACAUUUCUUGAGCAAUUGAGGAAUUUGUGCUAGGCGGCAAUUUUUUUUUCUUACCACGAGUGCUUUGCGCCAAUUUAGAUCACUGGGCCGAACCGCCAGGCACCGCCCAGCUUGGCUACAACACUGCUUCUUAAAUAAGUUUGUUCCAUCUUGCCACUAUGAUUACAUGUAUGUUAUUUAUUUUGUUUAAAAAAAAUAAAAAUUGUUGCUCUAUGUCUGCUUGUAAUUGCACCAGCGGCACCCAUUAUUGUAUUAUGCAAUAGUACAAGUGUAAUAUCAAACAAUAUUAAAUAAUUCUAUUCAUUAAA